AUGUCCAUUCUCUCGCUGGUCGAGGACCGGCCAACCCCCAAGGAAGUCUACAACUGGCGCGUCUACCUGCUCGCUGCCGUCGCCUCCUUCACAUCAUGCAUGAUCGGGUAUGACAGCGCGUUCAUCGGCACAACUCUCAGUCUGCAGUCCUUCAAGGAUGAGUUCAACUGGGAGAGCCUGGACUCCGACCUGGUCAGUGCCAACAUUGUCUCGCUGUACCAGGCUGGUGCUUUCUUCGGCGCUCUCUUCGCGUACCCAACCGGCCACUUCUUCGGCCGCCGAUGGGGUCUGAUGGCCUCUGCUCUGGUCUUCUUCCUCGGUGCUGGUCUUAUGCUGGGUGCCAAUGGCGAUCGCGGACUCGGCCUGAUCUACGGCGGACGAGUUCUGGCGGGCAUUGGUGUUGGUGCUGGCUCCAACCUCUGUCCGAUCUAUAUCUCUGAGAUGGCGCCUCCUGCGAUUCGUGGUCGUCUUGUUGGUGUCUACGAGCUGGGAUGGCAGCUGGGUGGUGUUGUUGGCUUCUGGAUUAACUACGGUGUCGACGAGACCCUCGCCCCAAGCCACAAGCAAUGGCUCAUCCCCUUCGCAGUGCAGCUCAUCCCCGCUGGUCUGCUCAUCAUCGGCGCCCUCUUCAUCCGGGAAUCGCCUCGAUGGCUCUUCCUCCAGGGCCACCGGGACAGUGGUGUUGAGACACUCGCGUGGAUCCGCAACCUCCCCGCCGACCAUAUCUACAUGAUGGAGGAAGUCGGCAUGAUCGAGCAGUCGCUCGAGCAGCAGCGGAUCAAGAUCGGCCUCGGCUUCUGGAAGCCUUUCAAGGCCGCCUGGACCAACAAGCGUAUCCUCUACCGUCUCUUCCUCGGUUCGAUGCUGUUCCUGUGGCAGAACGGCUCUGGUAUCAAUGCUAUCAACUACUACAGCCCGACUGUCUUCAAGAGUAUCGGCGUCACCGGCGGAAACACCAGCCUUCUCACCACCGGCAUCUUCGGUGUCGUCAAGGCCGUCAUCACCUUCUUCUGGCUGCUCUACCUCAUCGACCACAUGGGCCGUCGCAACCUUCUCCUCGUCGGUGCCGCCGGCGGUUCAAUCUGUCUGUGGAUCGUGGGAGGGUAUAUCAAGAUCGCAAAGCCUGAGAAUAACCCAGAGGGCACGGAGCUCGACAGCGGUGGCAUUGCUGCCAUCUUCUUCUUCUACCUCUGGACAGCCUUCUACACGCCCUCGUGGAACGGUACCCCAUGGGUCAUCAACUCCGAAAUGUUCGACCCCACCGUCCGCUCGCUCGCACAAGCCUGCGCCGCCGCCUCAAACUGGCUGUGGAACUUUCUCAUCUCGCGCUUCACGCCGCAGAUGUUCACAUCGAUGGGAUAUGGCGUGUACUUUUUCUUCGCGUCGCUCAUGAUCCUGUCUAUUGUGUUUGUGUUCUUCCUUAUCCCUGAGACGAAGGGGAUUCCGCUGGAGAGCAUGGAGUCGCUCUUUGAGAAGAAGCCCGUCUGGCAUGCACAUGGCGAGUUGCUUAAGGAGCUGCGCGACAACGAGGAACAGUUUAGGUCUGAGGUUGAGGAGAACUUUAAGGGGAGGGGAGGGGUGCAUGUUGAGGAGGCUUGA